UCGGGGGGAACGACACCACCGCCGAGGAAGAGACAGAGACAGUCAGCGCACUCAGUGAUCAUCAGCACGUCAUCAGCGGUGAGCCAAUCGCCAGGCGAGUCGUUAUCCCAUUCGAGUCAGAGUUCAUCGCAUUUGCCAUCAAUCGCUUCAAUCACUGCUACCAUGCAAUCCAUGGCUAACGGAUCCAAUGAAGACAACCAAACCAAUGCGCCCAUCGAUGGCGCCAAUAAGGACUCAGCGCAGCACUACUCCAACGGAUCCAAUGGUUCCAAUGGAUCCGCUUCUAACGGACACUCUUUGAAUGGAGUGAACGCUGAGCUCAACGACACCAAUGAGACCAAUGGUGAUGAUAGUGACCACCAAUUGGUGUACAUUAAGUCCAAAACAGAUCAGGACAUCAUUCGACUCAUUGGGCAACACUUGCGAGCCGAGUCAGCCCUCUAUGAACUCAACCCAUUGCUCGAGUCGUCCAAAGCGAUGACCAAAAUGAAGUUCUUAUUGUUGGAGCAAAAGUAUAUGGAGUGCAUUGAGGAACAGAAACCCAUGGAAGCCAUCAGUUGUCUUCGCAAUGAGUUAACACCUCUUAAGUAUAACACCGCACGUGUCCAUCAACUCAGCCGGUACAUAAUGUGUAACUCUUGCGAUGAGCUGAAAAAGAUAUCGAGUUGGGAGGGAAAGGGAUUGCCCUCAAGGAUCAAACUGAUGGAGAAAUUGCAAAGUUUCCUACCGCCGACUGUAAUGCUUCCGCCGCGAAGAUUACGAGCCCUUCUGUGCCAAGCGGUUGACCUCCAGAAGGAUCGCUGUCCUUAUCAUAACUUCACAGUUGACGCGGGACUCGAUUCCGUGAACUUAUUGGUUGACCACAUCUGCAGUCGAGAGGACUUCCCGAGUGAGACCAUUCAGAUUCUCACAGAUCAUUGCGACGAAGUGUGGUUCUGUCGCUUCUCCAAUGACGGCACAAAGUUGGCCACCGGUUCCAAAGACAGCACUCUUAUGAUAUGGGAUGUCGACCCCGACACCUUAAGACUAAAACAUAAGCAUACGUUUGAGGGGCACUCGUAUGGUGUGUCAUACCUGGCCUGGAGUCCAGACGAUAACUAUUUGAUCGCUUGUGGACCCGACGACUGCUCAGACCUUUGGGUUUGGAACGUUCAGUCGGGGGAAUUGCGGGUAAAAGUGAGUCAUUCGCCUGAAGACAGUCUGACGACGUGUUCGUGGCAUAAGGACGGCAAGAAGUUUGUGACGGGAGGCCAAAGGGGGCAGUUCUACCAAUGCGAUUUGGACGGCAAUGUGAUCGACACGUGGGAAGGCGUGAGAGUCCAAUGCCUGUGCUUUCGAAAAGACGGCAAAACAGUGUUGGCGGCCGACACUCACCAACGAAUUCGUGGCUAUAAUUUCGAAGAGCUGUCCGAUUUCAAUGUUAUAAGAGAAGACAACUCUAUAAUGUCGUUCACAUGCGACGAUUCGGGCCGUUUGGCGCUCAUAAACGUUGCCUCACAGGGCGUCCAUUUGUGGGACUUGGAGGACAAGAUAUUGUUGAGAAAAUUUCAAGGCGUAACUCAAGGCUAUUAUACAAUCCAUUCGUGUUUUGGUGGCGUGAAUCAAGUUUUUGUCGCCAGUGGUAGUGAAGACAAUAAGAUCUACAUUUGGCACCUGAAGCGAGAGAAGCCCAUAAGUGUGUUGACGGGUCACUCCCGGACAGUGAACUGUGUCUCGUGGAACCCCCGGUACCCACAGCUGAUCGCCAGUGCCUCAGACGAUGCCACAGUGAGAAUAUGGGGGCCGACGCCUGACAGACCACAAUCAGCGGCCACUGUGUCGAUGGCGUCGUCGCCUAAUCUGUUAACCACGCGAACCAUGGAUUCAAACCAUUCGAGUCCCAGUACUUCAACUAAUGUUGUGAAACCAUAAUCGAGU